CUCCAUGAUUAUCCUCAGUCUCUGAGGUUUGAAUUUAGCUCUGGAUGCUUUCGAUAUAGAAAAUGCAUCUUUCUAAGAUAUCCGCAUUCUUAACGCCGGUACUCAAUGCCGCUGCGGUGCUUUCUAGUCAAGCUCCGGCCGAUGAUCUCUCCGUUCUAAGCAGCGAGGUAGCGAGAGCCAACAACCAGUCUUUACUAUGGGGCCCGUAUAAACCGAACCUCUACUUUGGGGUUCGCCCUCGCAUCCCGAACAGUCUGUUUGCAGGAUUGAUGUGGGCAAAGGUGGACAAUUAUGCCACGGCGCAACAGAACUUUAGACAUACCUGCGAGCAGAAUGAAGGCAUGGCUGGCUAUGGCUGGGAUGAGUACGACAUUCGGAAGGGUGGCCGCCAGACAAUCCAUGAUGCCGGAAACUCCAUUGAUCUGACGAUCGAUUUCGUGAAGGUCCCCGGUGGACAGCAUGGAGGCAGCUGGGCUGCUCGUGUGAAGGGUGCUCCCCGCGAAGAUGCUGAUCCCGAUCAGCCCACAACCGUUCUUUUCUAUGCAGGCUUGGAGGGACUUGGCAACCUGGGCGUUGAGGGCCAACCUGAGGAUCCUUACGGCUUUGCGGGUGAUAUUAAGUUUGGUGGUUUUACUACGGAUCUCGGCGAUUUCUCGAUUGAUGUUACUUCUGGCCCUGAGAGCAACGAGUACCCGGAGCACGGUCACCCAACCUAUGACGAGAAGCCCUUGGACCGUACCUUGGUGUCGAGUUUGACCAUGCACCCGGAGCAGCUCUGGCAGACUAAAGUUAUCAUGUUCACUCAGAUGAAGAAGGAGGUCGACGAAAUGGUCGAGAAGUAUGGAUCGGAGAACCCUCCUCCUCCCUACCAGCUCUUCACCAUCAAGAAUGAGCCCGGGGAUGGUAACAUGCAUCUGGUGCAGAAGGUCUUUAAGGGCUCUUUCGAGUUCGAUAUUCUUUUCUCUUCUGCAUCUUCCCCGCAGCCUAUGACUUCCGAGCUUCUCACUGAGCAGAUCUCAAGCGCCUCUCUUGAGUUCUCUGAACGGUUUGAAAGCAUCCACCCCCCGCAAGCGCCAUUCGAUACUGCGGAAUACACCGAAUUCUCCAAGUCCAUGCUCUCGAACCUUGUCGGUGGCAUUGGAUUCUUCCACGGAACAGACAUCGUUGAUCGUUCCGCUGCACCGGAGUAUGACGAGGAGAAUGAGGGAUUCUGGGAAGAAACUGCAGAGGCCAGGGGUCGGGCACAGCCUAUCCUUGAAGGCCCGAAGGAUCUCUUCACUUGCGUUCCCUCCCGCCCAUUCUUCCCUAGAGGUUUCCUCUGGGAUGAAGGUUUCCACCUGAUUCCAGUUAUCGACUGGGAUACAGACCUUGCGCUUGAGAUCGUCAAGAGCUGGCUUAACCUGAUGGAUGAAGAUGGUUGGAUUGCCAGAGAGCAGAUUCUCGGAUCCGAGGCUCGCAGCAAGGUUCCUCCCGAGUUCACGAUCCAAUACCCUCAUUAUGCCAACCCUCCGACUCUUUUCAUCAUUCUGGAAGCUUUCAUCGAUAAGCUGGAUGCGAAGAAGAACGCUUCGAUGCAGACAUACGCUGAUUCCGGAGCCUCUGACAACCUCCGCUCUAUUCUUGUCGACCAACCCGAGUUGGGUGAAGCCUUUAUCCGUUCAAUCUACCCGUUGCUCAAGAAGCACUACUACUGGUACAGAAGCACCCAGAAGGGCGAUAUCAAGUCCUACGACCGUGAGGCAUACUCUACUAGGGAAGCCUACCGCUGGCGAGGACGCUCGGUCCAGCAUAUCCUGACUUCUGGAUUGGAUGAUUAUCCUCGGCCUCAACCUCCCCACCCUGGUGAGCUCCACGUCGAUCUUAUGAGCUGGAUGGGCAUGAUGACUCGUGCUCUUCGUCGUAUUGCGGUGACCAUUGGGGAGACGGAGGACGCUGAGGUGUUCAAGACCUACGAGACCGCCAUCGAGAGAAACAUCGAUGAUCUUCACUGGGAUGAUGACGCUCGUACUUACUGCGAUGCGACUAUCGAUGAAUAUGAGGAGCAUGUCCACGUUUGCCACAAGGGUUAUAUCUCUAUCUUCCCCUUCCUCACUGGCAUGCUGGGCCCGGAUAGCCCCCGCUUGAAGGCCAUUUUGGACCUGAUUGGUGACCCGGAGGAGCUCUGGAGCGACUAUGGUAUUCGCAGCUUGAGCAAGAAGGACCAGUUCUACGGCACUGCUGAGAACUACUGGAGAAGCCCCAUCUGGGUUAACAUUAACUACUUGGUGCUUAAGAACCUCUACGAUAUUGCCAUCGUUUCCGGCCCUCACAAGGAACAGGCUCGUGAGCUGUAUUCCAACUUGCGCAAGAAUCUAGUUGAGAAUGUCUUCCAGGAGUGGAAGAAGACCGGAUUUGCCUGGGAGCAAUAUAACCCCGAGACCGGAAACGGACAGCGGACCCAGCACUUCACCGGCUGGACCAGUAUGGUGGUGAAGAUGAUGUCCAUGCCCGAUCUGCCCGCCAGCGCGCAGAAGGGCCAUGAUGAGCUGUAAGUCCAGAUAAGCGAAGUAUGUAUGGUAUAGUUUAGAUAUCCUGGAGUAUCAUC